AUGUAUAGGGAUUUUGAAUCAAACCUAAGCCUGCUACUCGUCGACACCCUUCCCUGGCUUACAUGCCGAAAAGCCUGGAAAGGUAGAGAACAGCUGGUACAGGCUUUUAUUCAAUUCUACCAAGCGGAUGGCCAUCUUUCUGCGUCUUCUUUAGCUUAUUCUCGAUGGAAGGCUCAGCAAGAGGCCGGCGCAAGCCUGGAGGACAUUGCAAGAUUAGAAAUACUUACGGGGAUUGGAAUCCUGUCCAAUACGGUCCCAUCCUGUUUUUGGCUGCUCUUUGACAUACUAUCUCGCCCUGAGCUAUUAAGCGCCAUACAAGAUGAGAUUCAUCAGAAUGCGCUCUCCAUCGACUCGACAGGAACCCAUACCCUGGAUUUAGCAGAUAUCCGGGGAAAGUGCCCGACACUUCUCUCGUCAUUCCAGGAGACCCUUAGAACGCGAUCUAAUUCCGGUCAGGUCCGUGUGAUAUACCAAGAUACACUAUUAAAUGAUCGCUGGCUCUUGAAGGCAGGUUCAACCCUCCUGAUUCCUGCGCCAUCCAUCAAUAAGAAUAACUCAACGUGGGGAUCGGACGCCGGGGACUUUGACUCGCAGCGCUUUACCAAAAUCGCUCACCAAACGCACAAGAAAUCGAAAGCAUCCGGGUUUUUAUCCUUCGGUCUAUCUCCACAUAUUUGCGCUGGGCGCCAUUUUGCAACCGGAGAGAUCUUGGCUCUCGUUGCGUUACUUCUUGUGCGAUAUGAUAUUCGUCCCAUCCAGGGCUCUUGGACUGAACCUAAAACGAAUGCGAAGGCAGUCGCUGCAUCGCUUCCCCCGGCAGCUGAAAAGUUCAUGGUGACUGCAGUCGAAAGACCGGAAUAUAAGGGGCUAGAAUGGAGGACGACUGUGACUCCUGGGAAGGGGACGUAUGGCCUGAUAAUUGGCCUUGAUAUCUAUCUUCAACUGUCCAGCGUCGGUGAGGAAAUGCGGAGGGGCUGA